AUGCUGAAAUUUGGCCAUGUGCGCUGCACGUGUGAUGGAAUGACAAAGCGAAUUGCUGAAGGAUGGAAUCGGCGACCAAAACCUAUGUCGCAUGUUGAUCAAAGUCCAGUCAGCGAAUUCGGUGAUCCACAAGAUGUGCUCGGAGAAAUGGCCGAUAUCUCAGCAAUAGCCUCCAAAAGAACAUUUGAAACAGAAUCAGUUCGGUACGGUACCAGCAAUGGUAAUGUCGAUUGUGGUACUGAGGGCGGUGGCGGCACCGCUGCCGUCGAAACAGAUGAAAAGAUCAUCGUUUGGGGUCGAAACAUCAGGAGUACACACACCGUAGAGCGAGUCAGUGUGUGUCGCGAGAUGACGAAAGACACUGCAAAUACAGUGAUACAGCGCUGGAAAUGCUGGUGA